AUGUCACAAGAGCAGCUGGAUAACUUUGUAGCUAUUACUAGUGCGGAAAAUGAGGAUCUUGCAAAGCAUUUUAUCGAAAUGGCUGGUGGCGAUCUCGAAACUGCUAUUGCUUUGUUCUUUGAACAUGGUGGUAAUUCACAGCUCACAGGUCAUAACUCUAGUAAUUCGUUGAACCGGGAAACUUCUGCAACAGCAAAUGUGAAUAACGAUGAACAGAUGGCACAAAGGUUACAAGGGGAAGCCUAUCAGGAGGAUGAAGACAUGGUUAGACCUCCGGAUGAGGCAAGACAUGAGACAUUGGUUGAUACACAUGUUUUUCCUGGUGCCUAUGGUGGUAUAGGGGGAAGAUUUGAACCGCUAAGGAGAGCACGCGAUAUGUUUGAUGAAUCCAGGCCGGCUGGAAUAUUCAAUCAAAGACUCGAUGAUGAUUACAUGGAUGAUAAUUCUAGUACCACCGGUUCAGAGUACGGCUCGAGCAACGAAGAUGAUGGGGCUUAUGAAUAUGUGGAAGAGCCUGUGAUCGAACUUGAUGAGGACGGGAAUGCUACUGAAUUCACGAAGCUGGUUAGAAAACCGAAACUUUUGUCAAAGGAAGAAAGAUUGGCAUUACUUUUCAGGCCACCCUUUGACAUCAUGUCAAAGGUAAACCUUGACGGAGCAAAAGCUAAAGCAAGAAGGAAGAAUAAAUGGAUCAUGAUAAACAUACAAGAUGCAGGAAUCUUUCAAUGCCAAGCGCUGAACAGAGAUUUAUGGUCAUCAAAACAAGUAAAAAAACUCAUAAAACCUAAUUUCGUUUUCCUGCAAUAUCAGUAUGACUCUCGUAAUGCAGAAUCAUACAUUAAUUUCUAUGGUCUUCAUAGAAAAGAUGACUUACCGCAUAUUGCAAUUUUAGAUCCAAUAACCGGAGAGCGCUUAAAACAAUGGAAUCGUACCGUUCCCACACCGCAAUCGUUCAUGGACGGAGUCAACGAGUUUUUACAAAAUUUUUCGCUUGAUCCAACAGCAUCAAAUCCUACUGUGAAAGAGCCAACACCAGAGAUUGAUCCCACGACUUUGACUGAGGAACAACAGAUGGAGCUGGCUAUUAAUCAAUCUCUGGGUAAAGAACCGAACAUACAAUCGCCACAUGAUGAACAGCAUACCGAGGCUCAAAACAUCCAAGAGCAAGCACAGGAGCAAGUGCCAAAACAAGAGCAGAUGGAUGAAUUCGAUUCUAUUAAGCCAAUUAAACAUGUUGAACCCUCAAACAAACCAGGAAUAACAACCAGGAUUCAGAUACGGACGGGCGAUGGUAAAAGGAUCGUGAAAAGAUUUAACACGGAUGAUAAUGUCAGAAAGAUUUACGAAAUGGUAAAAGCGGAGCUAGAUGGAUUUGACAGCUGCCGCUUUUCUUUGAGUAACCAUCGAAGAGAUGAUUUGAUAGAGAAACUAAACGUUACUAUAGAGGAUGCGGGUUUAAAAAACAGCUCACUUUUACUAGAAAAGAUCGAUUCGCAAGAAGAUUGA